GCAAACAUGGCCCAGCAGGACCCCUACGGGAACUGGCUGGGCCCCCCCGCGCCCACCACGGGCCUGGGGAGGAGACCGGGAAUUUACUCCUCCACUGGGAAAAUGUCCCCCGUGGGCGAUUUCAGACCAGGGUCCCCGGACAGUUUCGAGGCCGAUUACGACGACGUCUCCCUGGCGGAGCCGGAGCCGCCCAGCAAACCCGGCACAGUUUAUUCCCUGGCGGGCUCUCCGAGCCCCUCCCAGCCGGGCCCUCCCCCCUCCUGCGGCGCCGUCGCUUUUCCAGCGGAGCCGGAGCCCAAAAAGCGGGAUUGGGAUCGGAAUUCCCGGGGGCUGGGCCGGGCUGGGGCCGUCCUGUCCGUCCUGCUGGGGCUGAGCAUCCUGGCUGGGACCCUCCUGCUCGGGCUGGCCAUGGAAAAACACAGAGAAAUUAUGGCAGAAUUGAAGCUCCUGAAGUCAAACUGCUCGGAAAACCAGGAAUCCGUGUGGCGGGCGCUGGGGGCGGCGCAGCAGCAGCGGACGCGGCUCCGGACGUGGAUCCAGCGGCACUUCCAGGAGCUCCAGGACGUCGCAGGGCUGCUGUGCCGGACCCUGGAGGGCUCCCGGCGCUGCUCUGCGGGCUGGAGGAUGUUUGGGAAGAGCUGCUACUCCUUUUCCUGGGAAUCCUUGAGCUGGGGGGACGCCCGGGACGCCUGCGCCGACCUCGGAGCCCACCUGGUGGUCGUCGACUCCGAGGGGGAGCAGCAAUUCCUGAUGGAGAACCUGAACCGGAGCAGCUCCUACUGGAUGGGAAUCUUGGAGCAGCAGAAGGGAAAGUGGGUCUGGAUCAACGGGGAAAAUCCAACCUUCAGUUUCUGGAAGUUUUGGGACAAGGACCAGGACGAGGAGCUCAAGAACUGUGGGAUCAUCGGGCCCGGCGGGGUCUGGGACAACGACUUUUGUUCCAACCUCAAUCCCUGGAUCUGCGAGAAAUCCUGGAAUUGCUGACCCAGCCCGGCAUUUUCCCGCUUUCCCGACAAUUUACCGCCCCUCCCCCACCCCCAAACCUGCCCCACAUCCACCCAAAACGUCCAAAAAACCGCAAGCGCCCCAAAAAUCCCCAAAC